AUGAAAGCUUCCGGAGGCAGAGAAGUGGGGGAAGUGGUACUUCAGGAAGGAGAAGUGGCAGUGGAUGAGGCAGCCUGUAUAGAGCCAAGGCAAGCCCAUGGCUUUGUGCUACACAGGCAGCUUCCCAGGCCAGCCAUUCAGGCAAUUGAUUCCUGUGGCAACCAUGGAAACACAGUAAUGCCUCAGUCUUAUCUUCAGUUCCAAGGACUCCCAGAGCUUAUGAAAAUUCCCCCAGACAAUUCACCUACUGAUGGAUACAGGUUUCACUUUCAGUUGUCAAAUGUGAAUAAAGACAACAAUCAAGACCAUAUGCAAAAAGAUGUCUCCAGCUAUUAUCCUUUACAGCCCAGUUGCUUGCAUCUAAUGCAAGAAAACGAGAUGGAGUGUACAGCAGUCUACUCUAAGCUGUUGAUGCAAGUGAGAAAGAGCCAGGCAGACAAGGAAUCCUACAACAAAUGGAAAUACAUAAGACCAAGUAUAGCAAAAAGAAUGCCGAUUCGGAAAGCACCUCAAGUCAUUCCAGACCCAGUGCCUGAGAGAAAAAGAACAGCUCCUGUUAACCUGGCUUACACAGUCCGUAAAUCACGUGUGCCCAAUAGUGUGCACACGCGACCCUAUCGGGAGAGGGUGAUUCACUUAUUAGCACUGAAGGACUACAAGAAACAUGAACUUCUUGUUCGACUGCAGAGAGACGGCAUGACUGCAGAGGACAAGGAUUCCCUUGGAAAACUUUUGCAGGAAGUAGCUCAUCUGAAUACUCAGAAUCGUUCAUAUUCUUUAAAGAAUUGUGUUUUUAAAGAGCUCCAAAGAGACUGGCCUGGGUACAAUGAGCUGGACAGGCAGGCAUUGGAGUUAGUGCUUGCCAGAAAAGUACAUCCACUUUUCAAAGUUACUGGAACCGACCAUCCACAAUUUUCUAUAGAUUCUAGUACAGAUGAAAUAUUUUGUCCUUCUCAGGAACAGCUUUACAAUUCAGCUGACAUUGAUUAUGCAAAGAACAAAAAAGUUAGAAUAUCUCACCUGACAACUAAACAACAGCCAGCAUCAAGUGAUUGUUUGAAUAACACCAGUGAAAUAUCUGCCAUGGGUCACCCACCAUACUCUGAAUCUACCACCAGUCUUAGCUCUCCAUCAUUGCCCAACAUCCACCUUCCGACUUCAAAUUAUCUUCAGCCUGUCUAUUCUAAGUGUAGUUAUUCUAGCAUUACAGAAGGAUGUGAGACUCAAGACCCACAUGUUGACAGGUUUAGUCAAAGCAGUAGAAUUUUUGAGUGCCAGCAGGGUAAACACUCUCUGCAAACAGUAACCUCUAUUUCGGUUACAAUGAAGUAUCCGAAGCAUAUGGAGAAACAGCAUUCACUGACUGGUGAGAAAUUCAAAUACAAAUUUACAGAAUAUAAAACAAAAAGCAAAGAGUACAGUAUUAAGAUUUUGGAGAAACAGCAGACAGAAAGUGAAAGACAAGAUGAAGGUGCAAAACCAAAUUCAAGUGAAGAAGUUGCAAAGGUUUGCACUCCCACUGGGAAGAGCUGUUCAACAUCUGAGCUUCCAGAUUAUCUGACUAGCUAUGUCACUAUAAUUUCCUCUGAGCAACGUGAGCGUUAUGAGCAGGAAUUUAGAGUAGAUUAUGAGGAAUAUAAGGCCUUGCAUGAAAAGUUGAUGCCUUUUUCUAAAAUAUUUGUUUUUCUAACUUCACAAAAGGAGAAGUUUCCUCCAGAUUCAAGAGAAUAUGAAGAUAUUAAUAAAAAAAUCUCACUAGAAUAUCAGAAGAUGAAACAGAUGAAUCAAAAUUAUUUUGAAGAAAAACUCAGAUGCCAAUAUCUCUACAGCAAACUGGCUCACAUUAAAGAGCUGAUAAAUAAUUAUGACCAGCAGUGA